UUCUUUCUUGCAACAUUAGUCACCACGCGAUUUUUCUUGUGCUUGUGAAUUUCUCGAAAGAAUAAUUUAAUUUUUACGUAUUUCAUUUACAAACUAUAUCAAAAUGUUCAGUCAACAGCCUAUUUUGGUUUUAAGCCAGAACACAAAACGUGAGUCCGGCCGGAAGGUUCAGCUCGAAAAUAUCAAUGCUGGGAAGACAAUAGCGGACGUUAUUCGAACAUGCCUUGGGCCUCAAGCGAUGUUGAAAAUGCUCAUGGACCCGAUGGGAGGGAUCGUGAUGACUAACGACGGCAAUGCUAUCCUCCGUGAAAUCACCGUGCAGCACCCUGCUGCUAAAUCCAUGAUCGAAAUCGCCAGAACUCAAGAUGAAGAGGUGGGCGAUGGCACAACCUCGGUUAUUGUGCUAGCAGGUGAGAUGCUGGCCGUAGCCGAGCCAUUCUUGUCACAGAACAUCCACCCUACGGUGAUCAUCCGUGAGUACCGCCAGGCGCUAGAGGAUGCCGUUAAGCUGCUCCAAGAUAAAAUCUCUAUCCCCAUUGAUCUCAAUGACAGAGACAAGCUGAAAGAAGUGAUCCGCUCAUGUGUGGGCACCAAGUACAUUGGCCGUUGGGCUGACCUGGCCGUGGACAUUGCUCUGGAUGCCGUCAAUACUGUCACUAUAAACGAGAAUGGCAGAGUUGAAGUUGACAUCAAGAACUAUGCGAAAAUCGAGAAGAUUCCAGGAGGUACCAUCGAGGAGUCCCGCGUGCUGUCCGGCGUGAUGAUCAACAAGGAUGUCACGCAUCCCAAGAUGCGGCGUUACAUCGAGAAUCCGCGCAUCAUGCUGCUGGACUGCCCGCUAGAGUACAAGAAGGGCGAGAGCCAGACCAACAUCGAGAUUAUUGGAGAACAGGACUUCACAAAAAUGCUUCAACUGGAAGAAGAGCACGUACAGCGUCAGUGUGAAGACAUCAUCGCGCUUAAGCCCGACGUGGUGUUCACAGAGAAGGGCGUAUCCGACCUCGCUCAGCACUACCUCGUCAAGGCUGGCAUAACUGCUAUCCGCAGACUGCGCAAGACAGACAACAACCGAUUGGCGCGCGCGUGCGGCGCCACCAUCGUGAACCGCACGGAGGAGCUCAAGGAGACCGACAUCGGCACGCAGGCCGGCAAGUUUGAGAUCAAGAAGAUUGGGGACGAGUACUUCACGUUCGUCACCGAGUGUACCAACCCUAAGGCCUGCACAAUCUUACUUCGUGGAGCUUCGAAGGACGUCCUCAACGAGAUUGAGAGGAAUCUUCAGGACGCUCUGCAUGUUGCCAAGAACCUUGUGGUGUCCCCGCGGCUGGUGGCGGGCGGCGGCGCGGUGGAGAUGGCCGUGGCGCAGGCGCUGGCCGCGCACGCCGCGCACAACACGCCCUACCGCGCCGUGGCGCAGGCGCUCGAAAUCAUCCCCCGCACGCUGGCGCAGAACUGCGGCGCGAACACGAUCCGCACGCUGACGGCGCUGCGCGCGCGGCACGCGGCCGGCGCGGGCGGCGCCGCCGGCAUCGACGGCGACAGCGGGGACAUCGUCGACAUGGCCGUCAAGGGCGUGUGGGAGCCGCUGGCCGUCAAGCUGCAGGUAUACAAAACGGCGGUAGAAACAGCUAUUCUCCUCCUACGAAUCGACGACAUUGUCUCUGGAUCCAAGAAGAGGGGUGACAAGGAAGCGCCGGCGCCCGCGGACAUGGCUGCGAUGGGUGGCAUGGAAUAAGCACCAGUAUUCACGGACAAAAUUUUAUUUAUUGCGGUCAGUAAGCAAGUUAUAACAGUUUUGACAUCAUUUAUAUAUCUUAGCUUUAUGGUGGAAAAUCACGUAAGAGCGUUUUUGAAUAAUAAAAUUCGGGUGUGAUUUUUGAUAACAAAACCUUGCAGUAGACAAGAUUAGUUUUAAUCCGGGUCAAGAUUUGUGAUCUCAAAUUUUAUCCUGAAUGAAAUUAAUUGAUAUAAAUGGUUUUGUUGAACAUAAUCACAAUCUGAUGUGAUUUUUCAAGAACGCGCUUACGUCGUUACUCCCGUGACUAGCUGACGAUGAUGUCAAAACUGCGUUGUAACUUUGUCAACAAUAGCGAUCCAUAGCAAUGUUAUCAUACUUCUUCUUUCGUAUGUAUUGUUACAUCGAUAACAUACCUCACCAAGUCACGAACUUGAGUUGCCGCGUCAUAUUACUGUGGGUUUUAGGUACAUAUAAGACACAAUACAUAUUAUAUUGUAUCGUGUGUUCCGAUAUUCUAAAGGCUCAGAAUAAAAGCGCGGGCGCACCUCUCAUGCAUGUUUACGCGGCAAACUCCACACUGAGUGUGUGAGGUACAUUGGCCAUACAAAAAAAAGGAAAAUUUGUUAUUAAUUUAUGAUUCCAUCUUAUAAUCGUUCAUACACGGAUACAAAUAAGCAUAAGGGCUUACAACGAAAACUUAUGAGAUUAUAUUAUAAAAUACAGUGCUUCAAUUUUCUUAUCUUCUUUUGGAGGGUUAAACAGGCCACAUAAAAGCAAUCUUGCUAUUUGACAAUUGCGCAUAUAAAAGUGCGCAUGUUGAUAUUGCAAUAAAGUUUUGGUUUUUUCGAUGAAUUACUUCAAUGUGGCCUUAUGGCAUUGCUAUGGAUUGCCGAUUAUGCGUUUAGUGUGCCUCGAAAAGUGAUAUAAUUAGUCUCGCGUCACUUGGAUAUCACAGGAUAGGAAGCUAGUUAUCCAAUACUAAUAAUUAUUAAGUUUUUAUGACAAGGUCGCCUGUCGUCACUACAAGCGAGUGAAAUGCUCGAAUGGUCAAUAGAUUUUGUCCCUGGAUAUAAUAAUUGUAUUAAUUAUUUUAAUUAAAAUGAGCUUGUUUCCGUGAAAUUGUUAAUGAAAGGUGCUCGAUGGAAUGGUCUUGGCUAAUCAAUUUUUGAUUCUAUGUUUAAAGUUGUUCGAGCUCAUAUAGAUCGCUUAAUUUAGUGCUAAUGCCUUGUUCUCGUUCGAAGGAACACUCUUAUUUGAAUGUAAUUAAUAAAGUUUAGUUUUAUUUGUAUUUAUUUGUUAUUGGUCACAUCCCGUCUAACCUACACAAGUUUGCAUUUAAGUUCUCGCAAUAAUGCUAUAUUUUAAUAUGGAACAAUAAUAGUAUUAAAGUUUUAUAUAUCUACUA